UGCGAUCUAUUAAGCGAACUUUAGUCAUUUUAAACCUCACUAUAAAUUCAACAAUGUAUUAGGGUUUUACUGCAGUGGCCGUAUAAGCAACCCUAGCCGAUCAGAUCUCUCCUCUAUCUUUCCUUACACAGAGAGAUGGCCAAGUCGAAGAAUCACACCGCGCAUAACCAGUCGGCCAAGGCCCACAAGAACGGAAUCAAGAAGCCAAGGAGGCACCGUCACACCCCCACCAGAGGGAUGGACCCAAAGUUCUUGAGGAACCAGAGGUACGCAAGGAAGCACAACGUCAAGAGCGGCGAGAAUGCCACCACUGAAGACUAAGUUUUGUAUUCUCUCUGAGACUCUUUUAGUAGACAAGUGAACCUUUUUACCUUUAUCUGUUCGUUUGAUUAUGUUUCCGCAAAUGGUUUGUGCACUCUUUCAGUCCAGGCUUUAAUUUAAUAUCAGAUAUUUUAAAACUC